CGGCGCAUACACAAAACUCUACAUACAUACAUACAUAGGGCGUCGUAUACUACCUUUGCUGCAGAGUGUACUGCGGUGGAGUUUAGGUUCUUGGUGGGAGUGAUGGAAGAUGGAGGGAGCGAGGGAGGGAGGAAGAGUCGUAGGGUAGAGAUCAAUCAGUAGAGGCACCACCAGCCCUUCCCUUUGUAGGGGCACCCUCCUACUUUCUCUCUCUUUUUUUCUUCUCUCCUUUGCUUAGCUAGCUUCCUCUCUCCUCCCACCUCUCUCUCUUUCUUACACUCUUUGGGGCCCUUUCCAGUUGUCCACGCUCCCACUCUUUUUCACCAUCCUCCCCAUCCCCUCCCCUCCCUCCCUCCCUCCCCAGCCAUCGCCCGUCCUCCACCUCCGGACCUUCCCUUCCCUUCCCUUCCCUUUCCUCCCUACUUGUACUACGCAGGGCUCCUUUUCCUAUUUCAUCCGCUCGCUCCAAUUCUACUCCCUCUCCCUCCGCCCACGCCACACCACACUCACUCGGUGUGUGUGCUGUGCGAGAGAGAGAGAGAGAGAGAGAGGAAGGAGAUGAGAUGAGAUGAGCUAGGAAGGAGCCUAGCCUAGAAACCACAAUCAAUUGCCUACAAUUCACUAGUACUUCCCCGGCCGUCUCAACUGCUCUAUACACAGUUCUACGGCCAACCACCUGUUGCGCAUACAGAUUUUUGCCUUGCUUCGCUAGCUUGGUACCCGCCGGACAAUUUCAGAGGAGAGCGCGCGUUCAAGGCGGAGGUGCCGUGGCGGCAUCAUCCAUGCAGCAGCACCACCAGCACCAGCAGGGUGGCGGGCCUCAGUACGGGGCGCCGCCGCCGCCGGGCAUGGGGCCGUUCUCCGCGCACCCGGCUCCGGGCCCCGUGCCGCUGAGCAGCCGGCCGCCGCCGACCCAGCAGCACCAGCCGCAGCCGCAGCAGCAGCCGAGCUACGACGAAUUGGGCGGCGCCGGCGGAAGCAGCUUCCCCGAGGACGACAUGCUGGGCGACUCCGGCGGCAACAGCGGCGGCGGCGGCGUGCUGGGGUCGGGCGGCAACCGGUGGCCGCGGGAGGAGACGCUGGCCCUCAUCAGGAUCCGGUCGGAGAUGGACACCACCUUCCGCGACGCCACCCUCAAGGGCCCCCUCUGGGAAGAGGUCUCCAGAAAGCUUGCGGAGCUGGGCUACAAGAGGAGCUCCAAGAAGUGCAAGGAGAAGUUCGAGAACGUGCACAAGUACUACAAGCGCACCAAGGAGGGCCGCGCCGGCAGGCAGGACGGCAAGAGCUACCGCUUCUUCCAGGAGCUCGAGGCGCUGCACGCCGCCACCGCCGCCUCGCAGCAGCAGCAGCAUCAGCAUCAGGAGCAGUUGCAGCUUGCCGGUGUCGCCCCCCCGCCGCAGAUGCACGCCUUCUCGUCGCCCCAGCCGAUGAGCGCAAUGCCGCCGCCGCCGGGGCCGAUCCAACCGGCCCCAAUUUCUUCCGCGGCCCCUGCGCCGGCCGUGGAGCCUCCCCAGCCGCCGCCCGUCAGCCUGCAAGGCUUGAGCUUCCCGUCCAUGUCCGACUCUGAGUCGGAUGACGACGACGCCUCUGAGGAUGACGACAUGACGGCGGAGACCGGCGGCAGCCCGGAUGGUGUCGGCAAGCGCAAGCGCGGCGGCAGCAAGAAGAUGAUGGCUUUCUUCGAGGGCCUGAUGAAGCAGGUCAUACAGAGGCAAGAGGAGAUGCAGCAGCGGUUCCUGGAGACCAUGGAGAAGAGGGAGGCCGAGCGCACGGCAAGGGAGGAGGCCUGGCGCCGGCAGGAGGUGGCCCGGCUCAACCGCGAGCAGGAGCAGCUCGCGCAAGAGCGCGCCGCCGCGGCUUCCCGCGACGCCUCCAUCAUCGCCUUCCUCCAGCGCAUCGGUGGGCAGACCGUGCAUGUCCCACCCGUCGUCAUCCCUAUGCCAACGCCGAUGCAGGCCCAGACCCCGCCGCCGGCAAAGAAACCUCGACAGCAGCUGCCUCCUCCUCCGCCGUCACAGGCCACACAUCACCCGCAGCCCAAGCCCAUCCCAGCUGCGCCGCUCCAACAGCAACCGCCGGCUCUCCAACAGCAACCGCCGCCGCAACCACCGCAGCACAAGGAAACGACGCACGAUGAGGCGGGGACGCCCCGCAGCGCACCGGCCCCGACUUCUGCCGGCUUAUCACUCGCGCUGGUUCCCGUCGCCACGGAGCAGCACGUCGGCGAGGCCGCUGGCCUGGGACUGGGAGGAGGGGAGAGCGGAGGGGGCGCGUCGUCGUCACGGUGGCCCAAGACGGAGGUGCACGCGCUUAUCCAGCUGCGCAUGGACAUGGACAAUCGCUACCAGGAGAACGGACCCAAGGGCCCGCUGUGGGAGGAGAUCUCCGCCGGGAUGCGGCGGCUGGGCUACAGCCGCAACUCCAAACGAUGCAAGGAGAAGUGGGAGAACAUCAACAAGUACUUCAAGAAGGUGAAGGAGAGCAACAAGAGGCGGCCGGAGGACUCCAAGACAUGCCCGUACUUCCACCAGCUCGAGGCCAUCUACCGCAAGAAACACAACGGCGGCGGCGGCAGCGGCGCGGCCGCCAACAACGCCGCCGUAUCUGUCUCAGUCCCUGCCGUCGCGGAGCAUCAGAACCUGAACCGGCACGAGAUCGAGAUCGAGAUCGAGGGGAAGAAGAUCAACGACAACGACAAGAGGAACAACGGAGGAGUCGGAGCCGCGCAGGUGCCGACAAGCAACGGGCAGACAACGCCGACGACGGCCACGUUCGACGUCGAUCUGGGCGUAAAAAAGCCAGAAGACACUGUGAGGGAGCUGAACGAGCAGCCGCAACGGGAGUUGACGACGGACGAGACCGACAGCGACGACAUGGGCGAUGACUACACUGACGACGGCGAGGACGGCGAGGACGACGGCAAAAUGCAGUACAGGAUACAGUUCCAGAGGCCAAACCCGGUCGGCGCCAACAAUGCACCUCCACCGGCAACCACCGCGACGACAGCAGCGCCGACAUCGACUCCGUCGAGCUCCUUCCUCGCCAUGGUUCAAUAAAGGCUCAGCACCAUUGCUCAUCCAUCAGUAUACUUCCAGUUCCAGAGAAGCUAUAACCUCGAAACAUCACCAUCACCGAGUCACCGCUCGAACAUGCAUCACCUCCUCGAGUCGAUCAUCGCCAUCACAUCACACCAUCACCGACGACGGCGACUGUUCUUUUUCACCUUGUAAUUCCUCUCGUGCCAUUCCAUUAUUUAUUGAUUCGUUCUGUGUAAUAAGAGAGCCUCUCUUCUGUCCCCCAAACCGGCCAAGGAGGCAGAGGGGGUGGCCGGUAGAGCAAGCAAGUCCCUGCGUAACAUAGGUGUUCAUCCUCGUGUUAAGGCCAAAGAAUUGUACAUCGAUGUAAGAGUCCCCUGAUGUCUGUUUUUUUUCUCUUCUUCUUUUUUCGGCGGUAUACAGGUUUGUAUACGGGUAUACAAGAGUUACAUACAUUUCAAGCAACUUGGAUCAGAGGUCCAAAGAUUGUUUUA